AAACAGCUCAGGCACCCCCUCUGAACCUGGGCCUGAAACAAUGUCUUCCAUCGAAAAAACCGUAAAGGACACUUGAUCACCCAAUCCUUGGAAUUAUUUCCAGGAAACACUUGCAGAAACCAUUCGGAGCACCCUUUCCCUGGCAGUGCACACGGGGACGGCCAGGAGAUGAGCGCAUCUUUGAAUUAUAAGUCUUUUUCCAAAGAGCAGCAGACCAUGGAUAACUUGGAGAAGCAACUCAUCUGUCCUAUCUGCUUAGAGAUGUUCACGAAACCCGUGGUCAUUCUCCCCUGUCAGCAUAACCUGUGUAGGAAAUGUGCCAGUGAUAUUUUCCAGGCCUCUAACCCGUAUUUGCCCACAAGAGGAGGCACCACUGUGGCAUCAGGGGGCCGGUUUCGCUGCCCAUCCUGUAGACACGAAGUGGUUCUGGACAGACAUGGGAUAUAUGGCCUUCAGAGGAACCUGCUGGUGGAAAAUAUCAUUGACAUCUAUAAGCAGGAGUCCACCAGACCAGAAAAGAAGUCUGACCAGCCCAUGUGUGAGGAGCACGAAGAGGAACGCAUCAACAUCUACUGUCUGAACUGUGAAGUGCCCACCUGCUCUCUGUGCAAGGUCUUUGGGGCACACAAGGAUUGCCAGGUGGCUCCCCUAACUCACGUGUUCCAGAGGCAGAAGUCUGAGCUCAGUGAUGGCAUUGCUGUCCUUGUGGGAAGCAAUGAUCGAGUCCAGGGAGUAAUCAGCCAGCUGGAGGACACCUGUAAAACUAUUGAGGAAUGCUGUAAAAAACAGAAACAGGAACUUUGUGAGAAGUUUGAUUACCUGUAUGGCAUCCUGGAGGAAAGGAAGAAUGAAAUGACCCAAGUCAUUACCCGAACCCAAGAGGAGAAACUGGAACGUGUCCGUGCUCUGAUCAAAAAGUAUUCUGAUCACUUGGAAAAUGUGUCAAAGUUGGUUGAAUCAGGAAUCCAGUUCAUGGAUGAGCCAGAAAUGGCAGUGUUUCUGCAGAAUGCCAAAACCCUGUUACAAAAAAUUUCUGAGGCAUCGAAGGCAUUUCAGAUGGAGAAAAUAGAACAUGGUUAUGAGAACAUGAACCACUUCACAGUCAACCUCAAUAGAGAAGAAAAAAUAAUACGCGAAAUUGAUUUUUACAGAGAAGAUGAAGAUGAAGAAGAAGAAGAAGAAGAAGAAGAAGAAGGAGAAGAAGAAGGAGGAGGAGAAGGAGGAGAAGGAGGAGAAGACAGAGAGCAAGUAGAAGUGGAAGAGGUAGAAAAUGUUCGAACAGAGUCAUCAGGAGAGGAUGAAAGUCCAGAGAAAGCCUCGGAGCCCUCUCAGCUGGCCUCAGAGCUCCAGGCUGCCCCAGGGGCGCUUCCAGUUUCCUCCCCGGAGCCACCUCCGGCCCUCCCACCUGCCACAGAUGCCCCAGGGACACAGGGGGAGGUUGUGCCCACUGGCUCUCAGCAGACCACAGAGUCUGAAACUCCAGUCCCUGCAGCAACGGACACUGCGGAUCCCUUGUUUUACCCUAGUUGGUAUAAAGGCCAAACCCGGAAAGCCACCACCAACCCACCUUCCACCCCAGGGAGCGAAAGUCUGGGACACAUAGGGCCUCCUGGUUCUGAGGAUUCGAAUGUGCAGAAGGCAGAAGUGGCAGAAGCUGCAGCCAGUGAGAGGGCAGCAGUGAGUGGUAAGGAAACUAGUUCACCAGCAGCUACUUCUCAGGAGUUAGCAAUCUGCCUAGCACUUUUGGCUUUUCUUAUACUUCACUACAUCUGGCGUCAGAUUCAGUGCUUGGUUUUUACUUUAAUGGACUGGAUUUGAGGACCCUCCCCUCCAGGUACAGGCUGCAGCUUCGGGGAGUGGGAGUGGAGCUGAUUCUGAGCCAGCUCGCCACGUCUUCUCCUUUUCCUGGUUGAACUCCCUGAAUGAGUGAUGUUCAUUCCAACUGUUGCCCUCUGUCUGCCUGGCUGAGAUGCACACCAGCAGCAGGGAACCUAGAUGAAAUUAAUACAAUGCAGGUGAUGAAAGGGACCUCUGAACAGGAUUUCUGCAAAAAACCCAACCAAAACAAAACAAAAACCCCUUUAAUUCCAGAUGACUUUCCAGAGGGAAAACAAGUUUGAAAAACAUGGUUGCUGAAAGCAUUGGAAAAAAGAAACUUAUCUUAUGAAAAUCUUUUAUUGUGUGGGAAACAUUAUAAAGAGUAUGUAGGUGUGAUAUGUGUGCGUGUGUCUGUAACAAGUGGCAAGUGUUGAAAAAGUAUACACUACACUCUUGUCUCUAAUAGGCAUUGGCUUUUGUUAUUAUAUCAUAGUAGCUCUUAUUCUUUCUUCUUUAACCGUGCAGUUGGUCAGUGAAAUUCAGUGUUAAUUCAGAAGUGACUGAUUUAUCAAUAUAUGGACAAAAGGUAAAUCAUUGACCAAAGAUAUGAAACAUUUUCCAAAGGUUUCCUCAUUUCCGUAACAGAUGUCACUCAUAUAUCCAGAAAUGUUCUUUAACUCUGGUGAUAUUUCCAUAGUCCAGAAGGCUGAAGGCCUGGGACAUUUCUUGUGACAUUUUUCUAAUCUUAGUUAGAUGUGCAGAUAUCAAGCAAUUAAAUUGAAAAAGAAUUUCCAUCAGCAAUUGUCUACUUUCCUUAUGUAUCUACUGAGGCACCAACCUGGUGAACUAUAGAAUAACUGCAUGUAUUUAAAUAUAUGUACACAUACAAUACACAUAUAAAAUACAUGCAUAUUUAAAUCAUGCUUUAUUUGUCCCACCAUGAUGCCUCUUUCAAAACAUAAGUAUAACUUUAUUCUGUAUGAACUCUUAAAUAAAUGCUGUUUUUAACAACUUA